UAUCAAGCUUGUGAGCCUCAAUUUCGAGAUCUUACCCCGCCAUCUACCCCGGUGGCUAUAGUGGAGGUGAGAGCAAAUCCACCUACUCUAUAGCCUUUUGAGAGGCAACAUACAGACAUACCUUUUACCCUUUCGCUUUGUCGCUUUUGAGGGUAACCUUCCUCGGCCGCCAACAUGGCGCGUGUCUACGCCGACGUCAAUCAGCAGAUGCCCCGGGCAUACUGGGAUUAUGACAGUGUCAAUAUUUCGUGGGGUGUCCUAGAGAACUAUGAAGUUGUGAGGAAAAUAGGACGGGGGAAAUACUCGGAAGUCUUCGAAGGCAUCAAUGUCGUCAACUACCAGAAAUGUGUCAUCAAGGUGCUCAAGCCCGUCAAGAAGAAGAAGAUCAAGCGAGAAAUCAAGAUCCUCCAGAAUCUGUCUGGUGGCCCAAACGUGGUUGCUCUUUUGGACGUGGUCAGAGACAAUCAGAGUAAGACGCCUUCUCUGAUCUUUGAAUACGUCAACAAUACGGAUUUCCGAAGCUUAUACCCCAAAUUUGUCGACUUUGAUGUUCGGUACUAUAUAUUCGAGUUGCUCAAGGCGCUGGAUUUCUGCCAUAGCAGAGGUAUAAUGCAUCGUGAUGUCAAGCCCCACAAUGUAAUGAUUGACCACGAAAAGCGCAAGCUGCGGUUGAUCGACUGGGGUCUUGCUGAGUUCUACCAUCAAGGCACAGAGUACAAUGUCCGUGUGGCAUCCAGAUACUUCAAGGGACCAGAGCUUCUAGUGGAUUUCCAGGAGUACGACUAUUCCCUCGACAUGUGGUCUCUGGGGGCUAUGUUUGCCUCAAUGAUAUUCAGAAAAGAGCCUUUCUUCCAUGGAAACAGCAACUCCGACCAGCUGGUGAAGAUAGCCAAGGUCCUUGGUACCGAUGAUCUCUUUGACUACCUGGAAAAGUAUGACAUCGAACUUGAUGCUCAAUAUGAGGACAUCCUGGGAAGAUUCCCGAAGAAGAGCUGGCACAGCUUCAUCAAUUCUGAGAACCAGAGAUUCGUCAGUAACGAAGCUAUUGACUUCCUUGACAAGCUCCUGCGCUAUGAUCAUCAGGAUCGCCUGACUGCCAAGGAGGCAAUGGCCCAUCCCUACUUCAACCCGGUGCGCAAUGCGGCGGCACAAAAUCACGCAACCUAGUCUCCACAAUUAUGUUUUGCUUCUUUUCACUAUUUCUUCCAUAUUAAUGGACCUGCUUUUCCCGCCUCAUGAUUUCACGGCCAUAACCCUCCCGCUCGGAACACUCCGACUUGAAUGCUUCCAAUUCUUACCGAGGAGGACCACUCUUGAAAGACUUUACACCCUACCAUUUCGACUUCAAUGCAUCAGGGGCCUUUGAUACAAAAGAUGGACUGGUUAGGAUUUUAAGGUUCGGCAACACUCAGCGGUGGUUGAUAUGAAUUAAUUGCCGGUUUGCUCAGCGUGUCUCAGCCAUGCGUUAGAGGGUCAGAUUCAUUUUUUUGUAUAUAUAUCUGAUAUCAUGCCAUUGUUAUACCCAUUACCUACU